AUGGCUUAUAAUCACUACAACCCAUCUUUUUUCUUGUUAUUAUUUGUCACAUUGUUUUUAACAAACAACUACAUAAAUCAAGCAGACGCGCGCCAUCUUCUUGAAGUAACUUUGCCUGAGCUUCCUAAGCCUGAAUUGCCACAUUUACCUGAAAUCCCAACUUUGCCUAAGCCUAAAUUACCUGAAAUUCCAAAACCCGAGCUACCAACUCUAUCAAGCCUCGAAUUGCCACAUUUACCUGAAAUCCCAACUUUGCCUAAGCCCAAAUUUCCUGAAAUCCCAAAACCCAAGCUACCAACUCUACCAAAGCCCGAAUUUCCCAAAAUCCCACCAUUAUCAAAGUCUGAACUUCCAACAUUGCCAAAACUUGAGAUGCACGUCAUUCCUAAGCCUGAAUCGCCAACUUUGCCAAGGCCAAAAAUCCCUCAAGUGCCUAAAAAGCCUUGA